GGCGGCGGCCAAUCAGGAGUGUCCAUCUGAUGUAAAUAAACUGCGGCCGCGAGCUCAUGUAACAGCUGGGGAAGAGCGGAAAACUGCGGGGAAACAUGGUCGAGACGGCUGGCAGCGAGAAGAGGGAAACCAAGAGGAGCUCAGCGAGCGGCGGCCAACAGGAGGCCGCGGGAGGACUGUGGGAUUCUGUGAAGAAAGCUGCUUUUGUCAUCGGAUCUGGAAUAUUAUUCUUGGCUGCCUUUGGGAACUCGCUGACAUGGCACCUUCAGAAUUUCUGGGGAGCUUCAGGCGACUUCUGGCAGAACCUGUGGACGAAGGUGUACCUGGCGUUUCAAGGUCAUGAUGCUACUUUGUUCUUCCUAGGAACCAUGUUGGCCCCAACGUUGGUAUUCUGGGCGUUAAAUGGUCUCCUGCUGUUGGUGGACACCUCUGGUACACCGUCUUUCAUCACUCGUUACCGCAUCCAGGAGGACAAGAACAGUCCAGUUGAUCCCGUGAAGCUGAGGCAAGCGGUGAAGGCCGUCCUCUUCAAUCAGGUGUUCAUCUCAGGACCCAUGGUGGUGGCCGUCUACUGCCUGAUGAGCUGGAGGGGCGACCCCUGCGGCCCAGAGCUGCCCACCUUCCACUGGGCCCUCAUGGAGCUGGCCAUCUUCUCCAUCUUGGAGGAAAUUCUGUUUUACUACUCGCACAGGUUGUUCCACCAUCCCAGCCUCUACAAGCAUUUCCACAAACAGCACCAUGAGUGGACCGCUCCCAUCGGAGUCGUCUCCAUCUACGCUCAUCCUCUGGAGCACGUGAUCUCCAACAUGCUGCCUGUGAUAAUGGGGCCGGUUGUAAUGGGCUCGCACAUCACCACCACCACCAUGUGGUACUGCCUGGCUCUGGUCAGCACCACCAUCUCCCACUGCGGCUACCACCUCCCCUUCCUGCCCUCGCCCGAGUUCCACGACUUCCACCACCUCCGGUUCAACCAGUGCUUCGGCGUUUUCGGCGUUCUGGACCGGCUCCACGGCACCGACUCCAAGUUCAGGCAGACGAAGCAGUACGAGCGACACACCCUGCUCACCAGCCUCACCCCCCUCACCCAGAGCAUCCCCGAAACGCCCAAGAAGGGCCAGUGAUGACCUGCAGCCUCCGACUUUUAGACUCUCGGGGUUAAACAGGUUCUGGUUUGAUUUAACUUCUCUUAACCGGAGUUUUAGCCUGUGAAACCACACAUCUUUUAACCUUGAUUUUAUUAAUGUAACCCAAUUAUUUCAUAAAGGAAAUGUUGAUCAUCUCCUACCGUCCUCGGCUCAUAGUGAUGUAAUUGUGUUACGGCCGCGGCUGUUUUACUGUAGUGCUGGAUGAAAGCGUUAAUCCAGGGUUUGUGUAUUAAUUCCUGAUCUUUUCUAGCAGCACUUAAAGCUCGCCAGGUUUCUCUUCUGAUGCGUUCACUUGUAGCUCGGAUAGAAGAGACUCCGACAGAGGAGCAGCACUUUGGACUCAAAUGUUAAAUGUGUCUUUUUGUAAUUGUGGACCCAACUGUGGGGAACAUGCAAAAUAAAGUAUGUCAGAAUAAUGUUC